AAGGGCCCUACUAUCUUGGCGCUCCUAGUGAAUGACCGUGCGGCUUAAUGUCACCAUAAGCUACCAUGUACCAUAGGGGAGGCCCACCGCGAUAUCGGCCAAUAAUAUCUUACCUGUCCGUCCCUGGCAAUCGGCCAUUGACUUCGUUCACCUGUGUCGAGACAUAUAUAUUUCCUGACUUUUAUAGACUUGUUCUGAACCUACAGCCCCAAGUGCAGACCUCGCAUCUCUAAAACACAUCAAGAUUCCAAGAUGGCUACUCCCUCACCCUCGAUGGCCGACCCAAUUGAUACGAUGGAAGCCUCUGAAAGCCCAGGCAACUUGACUGCUCUAAAGAACCAGCACGAUGUCGAAAUGCAAAAUCGUAUUGAAAAAGAAGAAUUAAAUACUUCGUCAACAGACACUGCAGAGAAUUCCGCCUCAGGUCUCGAAGACAAUUCCAAAGUCCCUCGCCUUCCUCUCCUAAAACUCUUCUGGUUUUUCUUCAACAAUUUUGGACUAUUCGCCUGGGGCGGCCCAGUCGCCCAAAUCGCCCUCAUCAAAGAACGACUCGUCAUUCAAGAUGAAUGGAUAACCCUCGAACGGUUCCAACGCGUUUUCGCCGUUUACCAGGUUCUUCCUGGUCCAGAAGCGGCAGAGUUGUGUAUGUUCUUUGGAUGCUUGUCUGCGGGACGACUCGGUGGCAUUGUUGCUGGGUUGGCAUUUAUCCUGCCAGGUUUCGUGUUAAUGUUGUUGGCGAGUUAUCUAUAUUCAUUGGCUGGAUUUGAGAAUGUUUAUUUCAAUGCGUCGUUCAAGGCGCUGCAGCCUAUUGUUGCUGCAACUGCAGUAUUUGUGAGACGAAUUGGGUAG